AUGGUAGCCAUGGGAAGUCGAGCUGCUGAAUGCGGCAGUAACACAAUUAUUCCAGAGGUCGAUUUAAUUAUGCGCAAAUUUGAGAUGUCAUUAGAAGAUCUUUACAAAUUGUCUAUAUCAUUUUAUAGAGAGAGAAAACGCAACGGUGAUCUCUUGGCUUCUUACGAAAAUAGACUUUUAUUUAUGGCAUAUUCUAAACAGAUUCGAUAUGGUCCAUAUGAUGCAAAUGCUGAUGAUUGGGGGUGGUUUGACCUGGUCGGCAGUGAUAGAACGUAA